AUGAAAGGUUCAAGGCCAUAUGCCAGAGAUGAUAAAGAAAUAGCAGAUGCUUUGAAAAUCUCCAAAAACCUAAGAAAAAUUUUUAUAAACGUAUUCAAAGAUAACGCAAAAUGCAGAAGGCGACUACCCAAAAAUCUUGCCAUUUUUGGUAGUCAAAGUUUUCGACUUCGAAUACAUUUACAGUUUAUGAUUACUGAGGAAAAUUCUGUCCUAAUGAAAGAUAAGGGAGUUCAUAUUUUUUACGAAUGUAUUAUAAAGUGGGCCUUGCUAGUUCUGGAGAUCAAAGAAGCUUUUGAGGAAUCACAAGUGCAAACGAGACCGUCAAGGCUUUCUUACGUUAAUGCACUGAAAGGUAGCGGACACUCUAUAUUAAAGAUGGAUCAUUAUUCGUGA